GUGAGUGUUUGCUGCUCUUCUCCUUUCGUGCCUUGAUAUCAGUCUAUGAUGUCAUAGUCAUGUUUUAACUAUCGAAUGUCGCUUACUAACCAUCCACGCAGAGACUACGCCUAUGGAGCGAGGUAUGUGAUGCUGUUUCCAUUCAUCAACGGCACCAAUUCGGGGUAUUAUCCUUUGGAUGCCUAAGUAUACUAACAAAAAUAGGGGCUUCCCCGGCUUGAUCCCCCCCAACGCUACCCUCCUCUUGUAAGUUUCUCGUCUAUCCGAUGCUCACGUCGCGGGGAAGUGACGCUGACUCCGAUCAACAGCGAGGUCCAGCUCGUGUCGAUCAACGGCAAAACCGCUUAAUUCUUAGUGCGCAAUGGCAUAAAGCUACGUGAGGCAAAAACAAUGGCUUUCACUAUAGACAAAUUGACUGCGUGGAUGUGCUGGAUUUCUACUCUUCCUUCGAAUAGUCGUAAGCUUGAAUCCUUCGGGUUAGAUGGUGGUAUUGGUAGAGAUGAACCACGCGUGCUAUGCAGGUAUUAUGUCGUUUGUCUCCUGGAUCUGUUAAACGUAGCGACCAAUGGCGCUGAACGUAGUUACCGAUGGAUCUAUAUCAGGCAGUAUAUGUGUACUAUGCUUAAGUGUCCCACUACGAACGUAUCGGCAUGCCUACUUAAUUGCAUAGCAUAUACCCUCUACGACGUAUGUAUUUUACCAUUUUUUUUUUUAAAAAAA